UUUUUGUGCAAUGGAGUCAAAAAUCGAGCUUUUUUUGGAACUAUAAAAAAUAAAGUUGAAUAGUUGUCAGAUGUCUGACAUGCGGUGACAUUGAUUUCAGUAAUGCAGAAACGUAGAGGACUUCGUUCUCUAUGGUGCGCUGGUUCAAAUCCCGAUGACGGCGACGAAAGUGAUCCCUCACCAAGGGUUACUUAUAGACAUUCCGCAGAAAUCAACGAAAAUGAAUACAGAUUUACCGAUUACCCCGACCAAUCCAGCGACUUGUACAGUAUCUCAGACCAUCCCCGAAUUUCCGAUUCUCCUGAAAUUUGUCUGCCAAGAAGAAGUCUAAGUGAUAGCCCAAGAUUUUGCACGAGUGAUCGUCACGGUUUUUGCCAACCAGAAUGUGUCUGUGAACCGAAUUAUAAUGAUUGUGAUCAGAGGUUUUGUGAUUGUGGACUUAGUGAUGAUCACGAAAGUUCUAUUAGUGGAGCUUUGCUGGAUUGCGAGAGGAGACGGAGGCCUAGGAUACAGCCUAGGAGGAUUGCACAAAAUGCCUUACCAUUGUUACAGGUGGUGCCAUCAACGCCAACAGUGUAUUCACCGACUGAUGGAGAAAACUCGCCAAAGAACUUCGAAUUUCCAGAGGUUUCCCAAAAAGUCGAGACUUGCUCCAGUAUUAAAAAAGAACCAAAGAAGCAAAUCUCGUCAUCAUCGUCCUCCAGCGAAAACUCUCCGCCCAGUACGACCUCACCGAAAAUAACCACAGGCACCACUGACCAAGAUUUAAGUGACUCUGAUUUAACACUUAAGGACGACCCUCCAAAUUUCACAAUUGCCACUGAUAGUGACUCCCAAACAGUUACUGAAACCAAAGACGACGAAACCAUCAUUGACCAAAUUGAGUCUAAACCCCCAACUUUACCCAAAGUUUCCAGUGACGUCCAUCUCACCAGAGUUUCCGCCACAAUCAAACCUUUACCUAAGGUUACGAGUGCUGGAGACCUUCCAAAGGAUAUUAGGAUAGAUAUUGCACCCGAUGAAGGUUUGAUUUUUAACCACGAUUCAGGAAUUGAAUCUGUCGAAGUCUCACCUUGUCCGGUGACCGAAAACAGUGUGGUUUUUGCUGCAAAAUUUGAAACAGCAACGGAAAUUCACGAACCUAAAAAAUCUGUUUUGAAGACUACUAGUAGCAAUCAUAAACAAAAACUAUUGCUGCAUCCUGACAGGGCAAAAUUUGUACCAGAACAGAGUUCUAUAGAUUCCGUGGAUUCUAAUGAAGGUAAAACCAGAGUCUACACGCCUAAAAUUACUAGAAUAAUCAACAGGUGCAAAACUUCCCCUAAACAAUCACCACCAUCACCGACAUCCAGCACGACAUCAUCAGUAGUCUCCAUCAAGAAUAUAGAUAGCUUACCAAUGUCUUCGAGGUUCCACAAAAUAUCCAGAAGUCACAAUAACUUACCAAUGCCACAAUACCACGAAGAUUUAUACGUCAACACAAACCCUGACAAGUACCAUUACUACUACGAUUCAUCAGCAACCAACUACAUGUAUUACUCUUCUCCUGUGAAUUCUGUAGACAGGUACGGAACCCAAUAUUGUGCAGGUACCCAGGCAGGUCCAGGAAGUACCCAGUACUCCUUACUGGAUGCCCUGGAUUUAUCUAUAGAAGAUCCUGCAAGGAGAACAAGUUUCACAAAUGUCAGUUUGCAUAAGUUGACUUUUACCCAGAGUUUGGCUUUUCCAGCUUUAGCAAGAGGGUUGGCUUCCAAACAUGGCGGUUCUUUUGAUCGAGCAAUCAGGAGGACACAAAAUACAGAGUCGAAUUUAUCAGCUUGUAUCAAAUUGUGCACCACUUUUGUUCUGGUUUGUUUAAGUAUGCUGGUUUUUGCCUUGGUUUAUAAAUUUGUGAGAACAUAA